AUGGAGGAUAGUCAGUUCUGCAAGGCUAUGGCAGCGUUAGUGAAUCCAUCAAGACGUGGCCAAUUGUUCUUUCUGUUGCGUUCGUCCUUACAAUACAAUUUUCAAGGGAAUGUGGAACCAACUGAAAAAAACAAAAGCCUGGUGACUCAGGAGAAGAGCAAACCACCGUGGCAGAACAAUGGAGGAAAGAAUUAUAGCGGAAUGUUGAAAUUGAGUCCCGCAGAGAUAGCAGAAAAGAGGAGAUUGGGCCUUUGUUACAAAUGUCCAGAGAAGUGGUCAAGAGGGCAUCAAUGUCAGAACAUGAUGUUGCAGGUGUUUACACUGAUUGAUGACGACUUCGUGGAGAUUACCGAUGAAGAUUGGAUGGAUGGGUUUGAGGAGAAGACAGAGACGAGCCCAGUACUAAUGGAGUUAUCUCUUUGCUCUUAUCUGGGACUUGACUCACCGGUUGUUACAAAACUUUGGGGAGAUAUUGGUGUGGAUGGCACAAGAGUGUGCAGAGACGUUUCACUAGAGCUUCAGGGACACGCCUCUGUCAUGAACUUGGUGGUGUUAGAAUUGGGGAAUGCAGAAAUAAUACUUGGAGUUGAUUGGUUGCGAACACUGGGGAAGUGUGAGCAUGAUUGGGACAAACACGAUAUGUCUUUUAUAUACAACGAAAAGUUGGCUGCUCGCUUCUAUGGUCCAUUUGAAGUUUUGGAGAAGAUUGGAGAGGUGGCUUAUCGAUUGAAGCUCCCUGCAGAAUCCAAAAUUCACCCGGUUUUCCAUGUUUCUCAGCUGAAACCAGUUCUCGGAACGCGUCAUCACGUUUCACCUCUUCCGGACUCGUUCUCGACUCGGCCGGAACUUGUGAUCGAACCUGAGGCUGUGUUGGAUACUCGCUACAACACUGCGGGUCACUUGGAAGGGUUAAUCAAGUGGAAGAGCCUUCCGGAACAUGAAAAAACGUGGAUUCGUGCUUCUGAUUUACUCGAACAGUUUCCUGAACUUGAGGACAAGCUUCUUGUCGACGAGGGGGGUAUUGUUAGAUUGAAGAAUCGUUUUGUGAGGCAAAGGAAGAGAGGAGUUAGUCACGAGCAAGAGGAAGUUGCAACAGAAGCUGAGCUGGACAAAUGA